AUGGAACAAAAUCAGAACAAGAACAAAGGAGUUGCUGCAGAUUGCAGUACUAGUAGCGAUGACGUUGAGAGAUAUUUCAACUCGUUGCCUGUUGGGUAUCGAUUCGCUCCUAGUGAUGACGAGCUGAUUCGUUAUUAUUUACUGAGAAAGAUCAACAAUGAACACUUGCCUCCUAAUAGAAUUCAUGUGGUUGAUUUAUAUAACUAUAGCCCUCAACAGCUCGCAGGGGAAUUAGGAUAUUGGAAACCUACAGGAACUGAUAAAACAAUCCUAGAUGGAAAAAAACCUAUGGGAUUCAGAAAGUCUUUGGAUUAUUAUGAGGGGAAGCAGCGUGAUGGAACCAAAACCAACUGGAAAAUGCAUGAAUAUCUUCUUCAUCAAAGCCUUGUUCCUUCAGGCGCUACGGCUAGAGGCAAAAAACCCAAUGCAGUCUAA